GUAUUUACGUCACCGGUGGAAAAAUCCACCGGUAAAAUUUGGCGCGCUGCAAGUGGGAAAAGUCCUUUCCAACGGCGAAACCAACAGGCCAGAAAUAAAUUAUUGGAAGGGACUUUUAGAAAGUCUAUGUCCGUCAUGCGCAAAAGAGAAGAGCUCUGGGGUCGAAAAUGGGGUUCAGUCGUAAUUUAUAGAGCACUCCUCUAAACCACGUUUUAGCCCCAGGUCAAACUUGGGCUUCCCAAAUUGAAUAGUUUCUAAAAAUUUAAAAAUUUCGCUCUUUUGAGAGAAGCGUGACCCUACUGCAACUGUAAUUGACAACUUGGGGGCGUGACCACGCUUGGAUAUAAAUAAACACAGACAGGCAAUGACGUCACGAAGAAUUAACCUAGUGCCUUCGCGCUCCGCACCGCAUAAAAUAUAGAAAAGCUCUUUGAAUGGAAUACAAUGUCUCUGUUUCAGUGCUGCCAGUUCUUUUUGUAGGAUUCCAGGGUUUGGACAAGAACUAACGUGGUAGAUGAUGGCUGGCUCUUCAGCAUCAUUUUCCUCCACUAAGGAAACCACAAACUAUGCAAGACUUUGUCGUCUUCUGGUAGAUGUCGGGUCUCAAGUAUUAAGAGAAACAUUUGACAAGAUCCAUCCUCCUGCUGGCCUUCACAAUGUCCUAGUGAGAAAUCAUUCUGCUCUUCAGGUACUUCAAAAGAAGAGAGUUUUAAAUGCAACACAGUGGGGAAAGUUGUACCCUGCAAUACGUUCUUCAGUAUCAUCAAGGGAUUUUGACAUCACACUCCUGACGGUCCUCCUGAGGAACAUAUGCGGGUUAAUCCCCCCAACAACUGGUUGGGAUGCACUUCCUCCUGUCACUGACACAAGCGUGGUGGCAGACAUUGCCCGUGUAAAGUAUUUCAGAAAUACUGUGUAUGCUCAUGCUGACCAAGCCUGUGUUGAUGACACAGCAUUUAAUGCUUACUGGCAGGACAUCCGGGAUGCACUGGUGAGAUUGGGAGGAGCCUGUUAUGGAGUGGCAAUUGAUGAUCUCAAGAAUGAAUGCAUGGAUCCUGAAAUUGAGGACCACUAUGAAGAGCUUUUAAAGCAAUGGAAAAAAGAUGAUGACAACAUAAAAGAUAUUCUUCAAGAAAUUGACAGAAAGCUGGAAGAAUUGAAGGCAUCAGCCACUAGUGCGUCACAGGCUAAAGUUGUUGAAGAGCCAGCUGACCUUAUAGAAAGAAUUCGCCAACUCUACAUAACCCGUGAAGGUAGGCUGUCAUUGUUUCCUUGGUGUGAAGAGUUCAACUUUAGCCUGAACGAAAUUUUUACAAGGUUGAAGAUUGUCAACAGGGACAAAACAAGAAGAGUGACAACUGCGCAAAUUACCAGCAUGACGGAAAUCUUCAAAUCCCACAAAGAAUGUCCCAAGCCCAGGACUGUCUUGAUUGAGGGAGAACCGGGGAUGGGGAAGACAACCUACUGUCAAAAGCUGGCGUAUGAUUGGGCUGAAGGCCAAGAAAUGGAUGCGACUUUCCCAGAUAUAAAAUUACUUCUUUUUUUGAAAUGUCGUGAAAUGUCAGGCAACAUUUGGGAAGCCAUUGAUGAUCAACUUCUUCCAAAGGAUAUCGAAGAAGAAGCCAAGGAAAACUUCUUCAAGUACAUCCAUGCGAGCCAAUCACAAGUGUUACUGGUGCUUGAUGGAUUGGACGAAGCCCCCUCAACUCCAAGGCAAAUAUUUUCUGACCUUGUUGAAAGUAGAGAGCUUCCUAAGUGCCAUAUCGUACUCACGUCCAGGCAUGAGGGUGGAGUCAAGGUAAGCAAGUACUGUGACACCUUGCUAGAAAUUGUAGGAUUUGCUGAGGAAGACUCCAAGAGCUUCAUCCUUCGAUACUUUAAGGACAUGGAAGCUCUAGGCCAAAACCUCUUGAGGGAAAUAGAAUGUAAAGAAGCACUCAAGGAACUAACAGUGAAUCCUUUAACCACGGCACUUCUCUGUCUUCUUUGUGAGGAUUUUAAUGGCGAUCUACCUUCUAACAGAACCCACCUGUACCUUGAAAUAACAAACUGUGUUCUCAGGAGAUUUCGCCGGAAAAAAGGAUUACCUGAUAAAAGUGAAAACCUCACUGAAGUCUACAAGGACGAAUUAGAGCGACUGGGACGGAUAGCCUUGAAAGGUUUGAAAGAAGAUAAGAUGUCCUUUGAGGAAAACGAACUUGGAGGUUUAGCAAGUGAGACACCUGUCUUUGAAUUUUUGUCAGUCCAGACAGGAAGCAGCAAGAGAAGUCCCUUCAUGUCUUAUGGAUUUUCACACAAGAGCUUUCAAGACUAUUUUGCAGGUUUCUAUCUCUCUAGCCAGAUCUCAAAGGGAGAAAUUGACUUUGAAAGUCUGCUUGCUGACGAAAAGGUCAUUGGCAAGCUCGAACAAGCACUUUUGUUUGCAAUUGGAAUUACUGGCCUUCAACAUGGGGAAGAUGUGUUGUGUCUCUUGAAAACCGUUACCAAGAAAGCCAAUCUUGCCUGCAACUCGAUCCUUCAAAGUUUUUAUCUGUGCUUUGCCUUCAAAUGUGUUGGCGAAUGUUCAACAACAAAUUCAGGACUUCGAGCCCAAAUGUUACACUUAAUAGGCACUGGUCUAGAAGUUCAAUGGUUGAUCAUUUCACACAACAGCUGUGACGUCCAGUUGCUUGCCGAGGCCCUUAAAGCCAACACCACAGUGACUAAGCUGGGAAUGCCGUCACAUGCUUUCGGUGACUUGUGUGCCACCUGUUUGGCUGGGACACUCUGUGUUAAUAAGAAACUGACUGAGGUGGAUAUGUCAAACAACAUUAUCACUGCACGUGGAGCCAAGCAUCUGGUGAACGCUCUUGUGGUAAAUACAACUCUCCUUGGUUUGAAUGUUUCGUUCAAUUUUUUGCAUGAUGAUGGAGCACGGAUCUUUGCAGAGUUCCUUAAGGGCAGCAAAGCCUUGCCUGCCUUAAACUUGUCCACAAAUGGCAUUGGAAACCCAGGUGCCACUUCAAUUGCCGAAAGCCUUCAGAUGAAUACCACUUUGAGGUUCUUAGACUUGUCAGGAAACCCUAACAUUGGUAACCCUGGUGCUGUGUCACUGAGUGAAGCUCUAAAAGUGAACAGAACCUUGACUUGCUUAAAUCUGUCAGGAAUUGGUAUUGGGGAUAAAGCUAUUCGUUCACUUUCUGAAUCCCUAAAAGUUAAUACCAGCCUAACCUCUCUGGCACUGUCAGAUGUGAAGAUUAGUGCUUACAGUGUCAGAUCGAUUGCUGAGGUCCUAAGAGUCAACUCCACCCUGAAUUGUCUUGAGUUCUUAGGAAACAAGGUUAGUGUUGGUGGGGCUCGGUUAAUAGCUGAAAGCCUCAAAUUCAACACCACCCUUGAAUAUCUGAAUCUGUCAAGGAACAACAUAAGAGCGCCAGGGGCACAGUUCCUUUCCGAGGCCCUCAAAGUUAACUCGACGCUGGCCAUUCUGGAUUUAUCACAGAACGCCCUUGGUGCUCGUGGUGCCCAGUUUCUUUCAGAAGGUCUAGGAGUCAGUACUUCUCUGACGCAACUGGAUCUGUCAAGAAAUGACAUAGGUACUGCAGGUGCCCAAUCAGUGGCUGAGGCCCUCAGAGAUAAUGGCCCAUUGGCAUGUCUUAACCUUUCAACCAACGUUAUUGGUGACACUGGAGCCAAGUCACUCUCAGAGGCCCUUAAAGCAAACAUCACUCUGACUAAAUUGGAUCUGUCAAGAAAUUGCAUAGGCGCUACAGGUGCCGAAUCAAUGGCUGAGGCCCUCAGAGAUAACGCUCCAUUGGCAUAUCUUAACCUUUCAACCAACGCCAUUGGUGACACUGGAGCCAAGUCACUCGCAGAGGCCCUUAAAGCAAACACCACUCUGACUAACCUAGAUUUGUCAGAGAAUGGCAUCCAAACCUCUGGUGUUCAGGCUUUCGCUGAGGUCAAGAAAAGUAAUGAUACGUUGAAUUCUGUAUUUUUUCUGUACAACGAUAUCGGUGAUUUAGGUCUUCAAGCACUUUCCGAUUCGGGUUGCCGAAAUGUGUUUUUGCCUCCAAUUUUCUUAGUUCCACUAAGAUCUGGAGCCACUGAAUUUGAUUCGUCAAAGAGCGCCAAAAGAUAACUUUUUUAAGAAAACACCGCAUGAUGGUGACGUUCAAGACUGAACAACAAAACACCACAUGACGUUCGAGAUUGAACGUAAUUACAUAGUUCACAGGGACAUACUUAACGCUUUUUCGUUGUCAGUGUUUUUUCGGCAAGUUAUUACAAAAUUUAUAGCCUUUUGCACUUGUUUGCCAUGCUGGUUCCGCCACUGGACCACAGCUUGGAAAUCUGCAAGAUCGUAAUUACGCAGUUUUGUAAACGUCAUAAUCAUUGUAGAUUUCGUUAGGGCCUUCCUUUAAGAAUUAAUUAGUAGAUUCCGUUGAAGCUCUAGUGAAUUAUCGCAAUAUUCGUGCAUUUAGUAAUUUUUUAAAGAUGUUGUUGGGAAAUUCUCUCUCGAGUUGCGAAAUUGAGGUUCCAAUCCCGUCUGCCCCUGGUCAAGUGUUCCAUCUCGGUCCAUGUGGAUUGUGCGUUCUGUUCUGUCUACUGAAUGGUGCGUUCCAUUUAACUUUUUAGGGGGAGAAGGAGAUGAUUGAUUUGGUAGGGUUUUUUUUUUUAGCCCUUUCAAACAAGCACUUGGAUUUUUUUUUUUUCACGAGACGUGUGUGUGCAUGAUAUUUUUUUCUUCAUGUAAUAUCCUUUUUUUUCGGCUCACUGAACGUGCGAGAAAUCCUUUUUCCGGCAGUGGUUGUGUGCAUGAAUUUUGUCUUGUACAAGUAUGCUUGCAGGAAUUUGUUUUAUCAAAAUCUCCCACCCCCACCCCCUCAAAAGUCAAUGGUCCGCCCUUAAGUUUUUCUCCAAUCUUCUUGAUGAUAAUUUGCAGACUGAGAAGAGGUAAUGAUAUCUUCCGGUAUUUCUUCCAUGGAACUUCAUAGCGUAUUUGGGGAGAAACUUAAAAAUAUUUUAAAAUUCCAUAGGAACAGGACAGAUGUUUGUAUUUCUUAACUCCAAGUAGGUCCUACUGGAAGUGAGACCUCUAGCAAGUUUAAUUUAAUUUUAAUUUUAUUAUGCACGACCCGAUAAGCUACUCAGCUUUAAUUUUAAUCGUGCUUAAAAUAAUAAGGGUUGUCUGUCUGUAAAUAUGAUUUUUUGGUGAAAACAGGAAAUGGUGCAGUAUUUUCAAACUAAGUUAAGUAGUUCAUACUGAUCCAAAGAGAGUGAACAAUUGACAAAUGGGUGUUCACGCAUUUGCCAUUGUUAUCAAGGCAGUGUCCACAUUGGAUUUUUUCUCAUCCGUCUACCAAACUGGGUUAAAAAUAGUUUCUUAACGGAUCUCGUUGCAGGACAAAUUUUACAACUUAUUAGCUUGUUUGUCGAAAGUAGACGAGCCAAUCGCAUCUUCCCACAGUUCACAGUUUAAGAUUACUGGAAGUUCUAUUAAGUCUGUAACACAAUAGUUACAGAUAUCAGCUACUGACUAACGUAGCAUUACUAAGGCCAAAUGGGUAAGACUAGUGGCUAGAAUUCCGAGAGAUGACUGUAGUCUUAAAUAAGGUUAACCUGUAAAAAAUAGCUUGACCAAGUUGUUCAACGAGUAAUACAAGCGCAAAUACAAUAGUCACAGGGCGUUUAUGUAUCCAGAUCCAGUUCUGUAUCGGUUCCCACUAUUGUGAACCGAUGUGAAAGGGGCGGAGAUACUCUUCGUUUAGUGGAGGGCAUUAAAUUGCGGACGUAAAUUUUACUGAAAGUGAAGAAUGAUCAUCGCAGUAAAUUUUCCAAUUUACAUUGGGAGCGAGGUCAAUUCAUUGACCUCGC